CGGGACGGGGGGCGGGGGGCGGCGGCGGCGGCGGACGCGGCCUGGCCCGGGAUGGCGAUGUUCCGCAGCCUGGUGGCGUCGGCCCAGCAGCGGCAGGCGCCGGCCGGGCCCGCGGGCGGCGACAGCGGCCUGGAGGCGCAGUACAGCUGCCCCAUCUGCCUGGAGGUCUACCACCGGCCGGUGGCCAUCGGCAGCUGCGGCCACACGUUCUGCGGGGAGUGCCUCCAGCCGUGCCUGCAGGUGCCCUCCCCACUCUGCCCGCUCUGCCGGCUGCCCUUCGACCCCAAGAAAGUGGACAAGGCCGCCCACGUGGAAAAGCAGCUCUCAUCCUACAAGGCGCCCUGUCGGGGAUGCAGCAAAAAGGUGACCCUGGCCAAGAUGAGGGUCCAUGUGUCCUCCUGCCUGAAGGUCCAGGAGCAGAUGGCCAACUGCCCCAAGUUUGUUCCUGUGGUGCCCACAUCCCAGCCUAUUCCCAGCAACAUCCCCAAUAGGUCCACAUUCACCUGCCCCUACUGUGGCGCCCGAAACCUGGACCAGCAGGAGCUGGUGAAGCACUGCGUGGAGAGCCACCGCAGCGACCCCAACCGCGUGGUGUGUCCUAUCUGCUCCGCCAUGCCCUGGGGCGACCCCAGCUACAAGAGCGCCAACUUCCUGCAGCACCUGCUGCAUCGGCACAAGUUCUCCUACGACACCUUUGUGGACUAUAGCAUUGACGAAGAAGCCGCCCUCCAGGCUGCCCUGGCCCUGUCUCUCGCUGAGAACUGAAGGCACGCCCCGAGGACAGGGCUGGAGCCCCCACCCCGGCACCCUUCCAGGCUGCCCUGGCCCUGUCUCUCGCUGAGAACUGAAGGCACGCCCCGCAGCUGCCCGAGCCUGGGCCGAGGCGCCCCUCCCCAGGACAGGGCUGGAGCCCCCACCCCGGCACUCGCACAGGAGACACCUUGCAGGCCAGGUGGAGUCAUCCUGCACGAGGAGAGCCGUCCAAGGGCCACCGGAGCCUGGACGCUGGCCGGCCAGUGUUUGCUGACCAGCAGAGAAGCAGGGUUAUCGGUGCUUUGAGGGGCAGUGCUGGCCCGUUGGGUUAAUGCAGUCGGCCAUCUCCUCCGAGCCUCGAGGUGGAGAGUAUGUGGUGUGCAAGAUGUGCGCCCCACUGCCGGACAGCAGGAGACCUGAGGCUGAGCCAGCCAGCAUCUGGCCACGCCCCCCUGCGCCUUUGGUACUGGCUUUGUGAUACUUAGAAUCCUGGCGUUUUUUCUAUCUUACCCCGCGUGAUAAUCUUUUCACAUUUUAUAGAGCAAAGACAAAGCAGUUACUCUUCAUAUUGCAAUAUCUGUGUUUGACUAGGAUGAAUAGUAUUUUUAUGGAACAUUAACAAAGUUAUAUUUUUUAAAAAAAAAAACAUUAAAAAUAGCCGUUGUUUGGGAUCAGCGCCAAGAGGGUCGGGAUGGCGGGCACGCUCACCCCAGCCGGGCCUGGGCCUGUGUGCGGGGCAGGUGUCGCAGCCCCGGCCACCCGUCGGGGUGUGGGGGGGUUGUUUUUUGUGGGUCUUGUCAUCUGCUGGCUUAACUUUUAUGACAACCAGGAAGAAGCCCGGCGCCCCUGGAGGUGUGCUCUGGCGGGCCCAGCGUGCAGGGGCCCCCGCCCGGCACUUACUGGGGCAGGGCGCUCCCCAGCAGCGGCCAGAGAACCCUCGUCAGCACUCCUUUUCUGUUCAUGGCAUAAAUUAUUGCUGUCUUUUCGAAAAUGUUUAAAUAAAACAUUUCCAAGCA